AUAAUUGGCUACAGUAUGAAAUUGAAAAUGAUCCCGCCGUCGAACGUCAAAGGCAAUCAGAUGAAAACAUAUUUGGAAACACAUCUGGCGCGUGUUCUUCGCGAGGCAGCGAGUCUGGAAGAAGCGCACGUCAUUGAUUUUCAAUCGCAGACGCAUCACGUCAGAUUGACGCUGCAGGUGGCGGCCGGCAGGAAGGACGAACGCCGGCUCAGAUCCAUCACCUCCAAGUGGGUCGAGCGGGGCCAUGUUGGCAACAUCAGUUUGGUACAACCCACGCCGGCAAUCUUAUUAACGCCGCUGACUUCUUUCUCGCAUCAGGGCAUAACGGUGCAUCCGACGAGUCAGAUCCACGCCAGCGAGGAUUUCGCAUUGUCCUGCACGACAAGCUUUGCGAACAGCGACGCUGUUUCGGCGGCGUCCUUCCGGUGGUUCAAGGACGACCUCUUUAUCAAUGUCACAGCGCCAACCAGCGGAAAGUCGGCGCACGUGAUUGAGGACGACGCGGCGCGGGAUCAAUACGUUUCGCAGCUCAACAUUAAAAAUGCAUCGCCGUUGGACCAGGGCACCUUUACCUGCCAGGCGAUCGAAUCCGGCCAUCAGCGUUGCUAUACGCGACGCGUUGAAGUCCGAGCUCCACCACGGGUGUGGAUUGAACCCAUGAGCUUGACUGUUAGGAAGGGCGAAAAUUUUACAAUAAAAUGCUUCAGUGCAUCUACCAACCCAAACGAUGCCAAGUACACGUACAGCUGGACCAAGAACAAGGAACUUCUCCCAAUCAAAACAGACACCGAGCACUACGAGGUUCUGUUUCCCAUGGGCAGCAUUCUUCAAGUCUCUACAAUCAGUAAAUCGACCAUGUUCUCCUGCCUGGUGCAAGACUCGGCCGUGUGGGCCGAACAGAGCAUCCUCGUGAACGUGAUCGAUUCCGAGCUGAUCAAGACUUGCGCCGGCGAACGCCACCUCAAGCUUCUCUGGCCGGAAACAGCACCGGGCACCGAAAGCCUACAAGAAUGCCCCGUCGGCUAUGCGGGUGUGGCGCGGCGUGCAUGCAACCUGCGCGAGACCGGCCAUCCGGUCUGGUAUCUCCCGGACUUUGCCGGCUGUCACUCCGACCGCAUGGAGGCGCUCAACUUACAAUUUCAGAAAGUUCGUCUCGGAUACGCGGCGACGCGGCCACUCGACGUCCUGCGCGGCUAUCGGCGCUAUCUGAACGGCAACCGGACGCUGCUUCCGGGCGAAGGGUACACCGUCCUCCAGCUGGUCAACGACGUCGUGCACUACAUCAAUAACUCCAUCAGCGGGGACGUCUACGACACGGUGUUCGAUAUUGUCGAGGGGAUUCUCCAGCGCAAACUUUCGCUCAUCAACGAGACGCAAGUGAUGCUGCUGCAGGAGGUUGUUAAGCGACAAAGCCUGGCGUUCCAAUCAACCUUUCACCGUACGCUCAACACGAUCGACGUGACCCUGACGCGACCGGAUAAGACCGGAUUCCAUGUGCCGCAAUCUGGUCUCAGAUACCCCGGCUGGUUCUCUUAUAAAUUACAUCUGGCACUCCCUCGGCAUUACUUCGCCGCGGCGGCUGGCGUUGGCGCGGCGUCGCCGAAUAAAUCUGCAACAUUAGCGGCGGUGGUUUACAGAAAUUUAUCCGCCUUCCUCCCGCUGAGAUCCGCCAUCCGGCUCAAGGACGGCAUUGAGAUGGACUACGAGGUUAUAUCGAACAUUGUCGGCUGCUGGUUGACCUUCAACGGCAGUGAGCUGCGCGAGAACCUCACGGAUAUUCUAUACACAAUGGAGUUCCAGCAUCCGGGAAAGAACGCCUCGCAGGACGCAUGGAACGUACAGUGCGCUGUCGCCGACUAUGCCAGUUAUGGUUAUGCCUGGAAUACGCAGACCUGCAUCACAAGGCUCCUGGAAGCAACGCGCACACGAUGCAUCUGUCCUCGCUCCGGCACGUACGCCGUCCUCUUGACGAUGAAACCGUCCUUCAUUGACUCCGAAGAGGCGCCCAGUCGCCAGCUGGUGAUCCUCGUCGGCUGCGCCAGCUGCAGCCUGCUGAACGCCAUCGCGGUGGUGAUCCUUGUCUGCUAUUGGUUGCGGCGGAGAUCGUGUCUCGUCUUCCUCAAACUACAGUGCUGUCUGUCGCUGCUCGCCUCCAUGUUGGUGUUCAUCUAUGCGCUCUGGGACGACCUGCCGCCGGCGCUCUUCCUGACGGUCAUGAGCAUCCUGGAGAGUUUCCUGCUCACAGGACUAUCGUCCCAGCUGAGCAAUUUGCUUAUUAUUUACUCCGAGCUCGUGCAACUGCCGCGGAUGCGCAGCGUCAAGCAAACCGUUGUUCUUAUCAUAACAGGAGCUCCGAUGAUAGCCGUUUUGGUAAUCACAUGGCCCAUCUGACGAUGAACACCCGCAUUGACUCCUGGUGGCUCCUGCGAGGUCAUUAUCCUUCAACAUCUUCGUGACUUGUUGCUCGAUCAUCGUCCUGCUCUACUUUGUUCUGUUUUACAUCGUGGCGAGAAAAGUCGCGCGUGCAAACAUCAAAUGUGAAAAGCGAUCCGAAGCGUUGCAGUACAGGUUGCGACUAUUGAAGCGAUCCGUUUUCGUAUUCUGCUCGAUAACGGCGACCGUAUCGAGCAGCAUUCUCUACAUCAACGCGCCGGAGAACGAGCUCUGCCAUUACGUUUUCAGCGGCCUGUCUGUC